AUGACGGUGGUUGCACCCGCGCCGAUCUCCGGUGGCAACGAGAUCUGGGAUCAAAUCGGCGCGCUCGGGCCACACCCAUGCGCCAGCGUCCUCUCUCUUCUUCUCGAUCCCUGCACGCGAUGUGCCAUGACCUUGCCAAAUAUUUUAACUUUGACCGCCGCCAACAGCAGCGCCGCCCCCCAAGAAGCCUGCUGUUGUUGCCCCUCCCCGCGUUUCCACUCGUCCGCCUCUUCCCUCCACUACCAAUAUGCCCAAGGAAAACCGCAAGCGCGGUCGCCGCGACGAGCGCAAGAAGCGCAAGCUCGACCACCAGCCUGAGGAAGAGCUCGUCCAGGAGACGAAGAGACACAAGCUCGAGGACAAUGACGACUACCUCCCGCUGGCUGAUGGGAAUGGCGAAGAGGCCUACACCCCCGGCGCUGCCGAGGACCAGCAGCCUCCCGGCGAGAUUGUCUUCUAUGGCAUGCUAGAUGAGGAGGAGCAGGAAUACUUUAAGCGCGCCGACGAGAUGCUGGAGCUGAACCAGUUCGGAGACGCCGAGGAGCGCGACCUGUUCCUUGCGAACGUCUACCGCGAGGCGGACGGCAAAGAAUUGAAGAUUGCGAACAGCCAGUCUUGCUCCAGGCUCAUGGAGCGCCUCAUACAGCUGUCGAAUACCAAACAGCUUAAGCAGCUCUUCCAGAAAUUCAGCGGACACUUCUUAAAUCUCGUUCAACACCGGUUCGCAUCCCACUGCUGCGAGGCUUUGUUCAUUCAGUGCGCCCCGAUCGUCACAGAAGAAAUCAUUUCGCCGCCCGAAGAUGACUAUAUGGAUCCUCAGGAUGUCCAGGUGUCAAUGGAGAAUUUGUUCCUCUAUGCUAUAAACGAGUUGGAGGGCAACUUGGGAUACCUGAUGACGGAUAGGUUUGCCUCGCAUGCUCUCCGUGUGCUCCUGGUUGUUCUGGCGGGUGAGCCUCUGGCGCGGUCGUCACAUCGGUCCCUGCUCCAAAGCAAAAAGAAAGAGAAGAUCACAGUCGCGAGAGCUGAAAAGCAGAGUGAAAACCUCCUGGAGAAGCGUUCUAUCCCGGGAUCUUUCAUGACUGCUCUGGAGAAGAUGAUCAAUGGCAGUGUUGCUGGUCUGGAUUCAACCUACCUCCGGGCUCUGGCGACGCAUCCCACCGGAAACCCUGUGCUUCAGCUGCUGGUCCAGCUGGAGCUCACGCAAUUUGGAAAGCAGCGGGCAAAGGACGAGAGCUCGAUCAUCCGCACGCUCCUCCCCGACGACCCGAUCGAGGACGGCACUGAUAGUGCGAAAUUCAUUAACGGGCUGGUAUACGACCCUGUCGGAUCGCGUCUGCUUGAAACACUCAUUGAGUUUUCCCCUGGAAAGAUGUUCAAGGCACUUUACCGGGGAUUUUUCAAAGAGCGCAUCGGAAGCUUGGCUCGAAACGAGAUAGCAAGCUACGUUGCGUCGAAGAUGCUGGAACGGCUGAGCAAGGAGGACCUGGACGAUGCAAAGGACCUCAUUUUGCCGCAAAUUCCUGGCCUGGUCGAUCGUAACCGGACAGCGAUCAUAAGGACGCUGAUCGAACGAUGCGCGGCAAGAUCGGUGGAGACAUCAGAUAUUGCCAAGGCACUCGAGACCGCGUACUCCGGCCCUAACGGCUUCGACAUUGCCCGUCUGCUUAAGCUGGGCGAGGCGGCAGCUGUCGAUGGGGCCAACACCAAUGGACAUGGCAAGGCAGGGCAACCUAGUCCGGACAAGCUGCAUGGGUCCUUGCUCGCCCAAACGAUGCUGACAGUUCCUGGGCCGUUGAGCACGUUGAUAUUCGAUUCACUAGUCCGAUUGGGAGCUCCGCUGGCAUGCAACAUGGCAAAAUCCGCAACGGCUACCAGGGCGCUGCAGGGAGCAUUGACAUCGCCGCUUGCUACCAUAAUCUUCAGGCGUAAGAUGAUCCAGAAAUUUUACGGGCAUGUCGGAGAAUUGGCACUCGACCCAUCGGCGUCGCGCGUUGUGGAUGCCAUCUGGGAGGGCACUCACGGGCUCGCAUUCAUUCGCGAGCGCAUUGCCGAGGAGCUGGCGGAGAACGAAGCAGCGCUGCGCGAGUCGCACGUAGGGCGCAAGGUGUGGAGGAAUUGGAAGAUGGACCUGUACAAGCGGCGACGAUCCGAAUGGGUGUCGCAGUCGCGGAACAAUGCCGGCAGCGACGCGUUUGUGGGGUUCCCGGACGAGAAGGCAGAGGGAAGGCCGAGUAAGGCAGCAGGGGGCGGCAAGAAGUCAGGCAUCGAGCUGGCUCGGGCGAGACAUGCCGCGGCAAAGGCGAAGAAGGAAAAGAGCAAGGCCGUUACACAAAACCCGCUGACCCGUCGCGAUUUAUCUGUAAUCGAUAAGCAUGUUGCACCAUCGCGCAAUGCUUUUUGCAAUUGCGACCCCGCCUCGUCCGAUUCCCUUUUCUUUUUGCGAGUAAAGUCUUAUCCCAUACCCACCCUCACGCCGUUGCCCAUUAUGACAAUGAACGGUACAGCGCCCGCCCGCGCUGACGAGGUUGCCGAGCUGCUGGACGCCGUGCAGAAGCUCAUCAUCCCCUUUAUUCGCGCCGCGGACCGGGAUGCUCCGAACAAGGCCACUGGCCAUAGCAUCCCCGUCGAGGGCUCGGCGCCCCGCACCGCCCUCGUCGAACACCACCCGCCAAAGGAGCUGGAGCCGCUGCUGAAGCUGCAGCUGCCGGAGGAUGGCGAGGGAAAGGAUGGUCUACUGGAGGUGGUCCAGCGGGUGUUGCAGUACUCGGUCAAUACGUGGGACCAGGGCUUCAUGGACAAGCUGUACGCGAGCACGAAUGCCGUCGGUGUGGUGUCUGAGUUGAUUUUGGCCGUGCUGAACACCAAUGUCCACGUUUACCAGGUCUCACCCGCCCUCACCCUCAUCGAGAAGCACACGACCGAACGGCUGGCCGAGCUCUUCGGCCUGACUGGUCCGCACAGCGGAGGUAUCUCGCAGCCCGGUGGCUCCGCGUCCAACUCGUCCUCGAUCGUCAUCGCGCGCAACACGCUCUUCCCGGAGACCAAGGAGAAUGGAAUCGGUGCGCAGCGCUUCGUGCUCUUCACCUCGGACCACGGGCACUACAGCCUGGAGAAGGCGGCGCAGAUGUUUGGCUUUGGCAGCAAGGCGGUACGCAGCGUGCCGGUACUGGCGGACGGCCGCAUGAACGUCGAGGAGCUGGAGAAGAUGGUCAAUGCUGCCAAACAGGCGGGUGAGACGCCGUUUUACGUGAAUGCCACGGCAGGUACGACAGUCAUGGGCAGCUAUGACCCCAUUGAUGACAUCGCGAACGUGUGCGAGCGCCACAGCCUGUGGCUGCACGUUGACGGCAGCUGGGGUGGCCCGGUGGCAUUCAACGCGGAGCUGCGCAAGGACAGGCUUAAGGGCGUUGAGCGCGCUGACAGCAUCGCUGUGACGCCGCACAAGAUGCUCAGUGUGCCUGUGACUUGCAGCUUCCUGUUGGGCAAGGACAUGCGGCAAUUCUGGAAGGCCAUGACGCUUCCAGCGGGAUACCUUUUCCACAAUGACCCCACCAGCGCCGACAUCUACGACCUCGCGGAUUUGACCCCUCAAUGCGGCCGCAAAGCUGACUCCCUCAAGCUGCACCUUUCCUGGGUCUACUACGGUAUGGCGGGCCUGAGCGCCCAUGUCGGACGCGCCUUUACCCGCGCGCAGCAGCUCUACGACUUGCUGGUCGCGUCGCCUAACGCUGUGCUUGUGAGCAGCCAGCCUUUGCCCUGCCUGCAGGUCUGCUUCUACUGGGCCAAGGGCGGGCAGCUGGACGCGGAUAGUGAGGUCAACUCCCGCCGCACCAUCGAGAUGGCGCACCGCCUUGUGGGAAGGGGGUGGAUGGUUGACUUUGCGCCAGGUGCGCGGGGCAAGUUCUUUAGGGUUGUGGUGUCUGGUGGCACGUUGGAGAGCUCGAUCGAGGGGCUUGUUAAGGCGAUUGAAGAGGUGGGACAGGAGGUUUCUGCAUAGGAUGAGAUCACGCUGUGGGUCCGCGUGUAUGAUGUACCCGCAAGGUUGUGAAUAUCUUGUUGUCAAUAGAUUGUCUAGAAACUGUAGUUUUCAAAUAGUAAAUCAUGUGCCU